ACAUUCCGUAUUUAAACAACCUUAAAUUUGUUGAUUAAACAAUUCACACACGCCGCAGUUCGAGCAAGUAUACUUCUAUACCUUUUCGAAUAAACAACCCUGUUUUUCGUAAUAAUAAACGGGGCAGCUGUCGAUUCCAAUUAGUAUCGAUAUCGAGACGUAGAAAAGAACCUGACGAGUUAGUAAUUUCGAAUUUUUGGAUCCCCACAUGACCCACGACCAUCUGUUCCAGCGCAUUAUAAUAAUUGCGAUCGGUGUAGUCUAGUGAAGAGUGCAUUUAGUUAGUUUUCUACCAAUAGUGCUGCUGGUCAUUGGUUUAUUUGAACCAAACAUGCGUUUGUGGUGUUUUGCUGGAAUUAUUAUAGGUAUUCUGGCCGGAACGUAUAAAGGAAUGCCCCUGACGAAGUUGGGUAAAGAUCUACAAAUGAAAUUAGUGCAUCACGCUAAUACCCCGUUUAUAGACUACAAAUACAUAACCAAGACGAUUUUACCAUCAGAGGAUAAUUGGUGGAAAAGGGGAACCCAUCAUUUUUACGCCGAUGAGACUGCUAAAGUUGUACGUGCUCGUUAAUAAAUGACAAAACCGUUUUUGAACACAAUAUGAGUUAUUUCGCCAAAUGUAAAAAUUUUAGUCGAAAAAAAAGUAUUAGACGAAUGUACUUAGCCAGUUU